CCGGAACUGGAACGCAACUUUAUUUGGACUUUGACAUUUAGCAAGACAGCUCACAGCUGUUGAUUAUAAAAUAAUUCCAAAGUGUUUCGAUUAUAAACGAGUUUCCUAAGGUUACCUAUCCUUUCUCCUGCGAACGAAUAAACGAAACGAAAAUGUCGGAAAACAGUAGCCCUAUAAAAUAUUUUUUAAGUGGUGGUUUUGGUGGUGUCUGCACUGUUUUAGCGGGCCAUCCCAUGGACACGAUUAAAGUGAGACUACAGACUAUGCCCGUGCCACAAUCGGGGGAAAUAGCUUUAUACGCUGGCACAUAUGACUGCUUCAAGAAGACUAUACAGAAAGAAGGCUUCAGAGGAUUAUACAAGGGUAUGUCUGCACCUCUCACUGGAGUAGCCCCGAUUUUCGCAAUUAGUUUCUUUGGCUUUGGACUCGGCAAGAAACUGAUUAAAUCGGAUGAAAAUCAAGUUCUAUCUAAACCUGAGCUUUUUGCUGCGGGUGCCUUCUCUGGUAUAUUCACCACAUCUAUAAUGGCACCAGGAGAGCGCAUCAAAUGUCUGCUUCAGAUUCAACAGGGUGGUAAUGUACCACAAAAGUACACAGGCAUGGUUGACUGUGCCAGGCAGCUGUAUGCUGAGGGAGGAAUGAGGAGCAUAUACAAGGGCAGCGUGGCCACCAUACUGAGAGACGUGCCUGCCAGUGGCAUGUACUUCAUGACCUAUGAGUGGGUCAAAGAAGUCUUGGUCCCCGAGGAUGCCAGUGCUAAACUGAAGAUGAUGGCAACCAUAGUGGCUGGUGGUUGUGCUGGAAUAGCUAACUGGCUGGUAGGCAUGCCCGCCGAUGUGCUGAAGAGCAGACUGCAGACAGCUCCUGAGGGCACAUACCCCAACGGUAUGAGGGAUGUGUUCAAACAGCUGAUGGAGAGAGAAGGCCCCACAGCUUUGUACAAGGGUGUUGCCCCUGUCAUGAUCAGAGCCUUCCCAGCCAAUGCAGCCUGUUUUGUAGGAUUUGAACUUGCUGUCAAUUUCCUCAACUGGGUGGCCCCCAACCUUUGAUAACUGUCAGCAGUGUUAUAUGAUCAUAUAGGAGAAUAUAUUGUAUCAUAGAUAGAUGUAAGUGAAAGUAACUAAAGAUGAUAAUAAUUAUUAUAUUUUUAUGCUAAUCACAAAAGUCUUCAAGUUUAAAAAGGAAUUUAAUUCAUGACAUAGGUUUUAUAGUUUAUUUUUAUGCAAUGUGCACAAAUCAAAUACCAAAAUGCCUCAAAAUGUAUUCUAUAAAGUAUUACAUACUGGUUGUUUUAAGAAAGUUUAACAUCUGCAAAUGUUAUGUGCAGUGCCUUUCUACCAAAAUGAAUUAAAUAUAUUUUUCCAAUUUGAUUACUUUCAUUACAUAACCAUAGACUAGAUUAUCUUGACCUUUAUCAGAUAGCUAAGAUGGUUUUAUAAGUAUUUGACAUAUUUUUUUAUCAUUACAUGUUUCAAUAAUAUUGUAUUAUAGUGUGUAAGAUGAGAUAAAAAAGCUAUGUGAUAAUGUGGAUGCCACUAUUAUCUUAAGUGACAGAAAAUUAAAUUCAAUUGGCUUUAUAAUAUUGUAGGAAAGUAGCAUCAUUUACAACUUGCUCCUUGUGGCAGCUUAUUUUAUUAUUAUUUUUGUGUUGUAAGCAAUAAGUAAAUAAAACAAAAAGUUUCAGUAGAA